AUGCUGCUUCUGCCACUUCUAUUGUCAGCAGUUCUCUUCCCAGGUGGUGACAAUGAGCACGCCUUCCAGGGGCCAACUUCUUUCCAUGUCAUCCAGAUCUCAUCCUUCGCCAACAGUACCUGGGCACAAAAUCAAGGCUCAGGCUGGUUGGAUGAUUUGCAGAUCCAUGGCUGGGACAGUGACUCGGGCACUGCCAUUUUCCUGAAGCCCUGGUCCAAGGGAAACCUCAGUGAUGAGGAGGUGACUGAGCUGGAGGAGCUAUUCCGAGUCUACCUCAUAGGAUUCAUUCGGGAAGUGCAGGACCGCGUCAGUGAAUUCCAGAUGGAAUACCCCUUUGAGAUACAGGGCAUAGCAGGCUGUGAGCUGCAUUCUGGGGGGACCACAGUAAGCUUCUUGAGGGGUGCUUUAGGAGGACUGGAUUUCCUGAGCAUCAAGAAUGAAUCAUGUGCACCUGCCCCAGAGGGUGGCAGCAGGGCGCAGAAGUUUUGUACACUCAUCUCUCAGUAUCAAGGGAUCGCUGAUAUCAUAAGGAAGCUCCUCUUAGAAACCUGCCCUCGAUAUCUCUUGGGUGUCCUCGAUGCAGGGAAGGCAGAAUUGCAGAGGCAAGUGAAGCCCGAGGCCUGGCUGUCCAGUGGCCCCGCUCCUGGGCCUGGCCAUCUCCUGCUGGUGUGUCACGUCUCAGGAUUCUACCCAAAGCCUGUGUGGGUGAUGUGGAUGCGGGGUGAGCAGGAACAGCCAGGCACUCAGCAAGGUGAUGUCCUGCCCAAUGCUGAUGGGACGUGGUAUCUCCGAGUAACCCUGGAUGUGGCAGCCGGGGAAGCAGCUGGCCUGGCUUGCCGAGUGAGGCACAGCAGUCUAGGAGGCCAGGACAUCAUCCUCUACUGGGGACGUUCCACCUCCAUCGGCUUGAUAGUUUUGUCAAUAAUAGUGCCCUCCUUGAUCCUCUUGAUAUGUUUUGCAUUAUGGUUUUGGAGGCGCUGGUCAUAUCUGAAUAUCCCAUGAGCUCUCAUCUCUCCUUUUACAUUUGGAAUAAGG